AUGGCGUCCUCCUCCCCCUCCUCCUCUUCGGCUGGUGUUCUCUCCUUCCCCAAUUUCUCUACUCUUCUCUCCACCAAACUCUCGGAAACCAAUUACCUUCUCUGGGAAAGUCAAGUCCAACCCUAUCUUAUUGGGAAAAAAUUUUGGCGAUUCAUUGAUGGUUCUCACCCUUGCCCUCCUGCUGUUCUCAUCCCCACUAAAGACAAAGCUGUUGACGAUGCUCAGGACCCCGUGUAUUCUUCGUUCCACUCUCACCAAGCCGUUCUUGCUCAAGUUGUUGGUCUCACCACUUCAAAGGCAGUCUGGGACUGUCUUCGUCAAAACUUUUCUCAACAAUCUCUUGCUAUUGCCACCCAUCUCAAGUUUCAACUUCUCACCAUCACCAAAGGGACUAAGACAGUUUCUGAAUAUCUUGCUCUUGCCAAAAGCUUAUCUGAUCAGUUGGCAGCCAAACGUGCCCCAGUUUCCUCUAAUGAUUUGGUCAGCUAUGUGAUUCGUGGCUUGGGCCCCAACUACGCCAUGCUCAUCAUUGCUAUCAUGCAAUUUCCUCCCCUACCCACUUUCGCUGAUCUUCAUGCUCGUCUCCUUGCCUUCGAUGCCCAACAAUCUCUCACUGAUCUUAUGGCUUCUUUGCCUCUGCCGCAAGCUUUCUAUUCCACACAUUCCCAACAUCAACGUUCUAGCCAUCCUCGUGGUUCCCGUGGCACCCGCCAUGGUUCACAGUUUCACCGCUCCGGACCUCCCUUUGGUGGAUCCAACCGUACCACAUUUUCAGGUUCUAGCCAGCCCCAUGCCAUCCCGCUCCUCCCAGCCUAA